AUGUCUGGGCACUCCCAAUCUGAACUGGCUGCCUUGACUGCCCCUCUGGCCUCGAUGCCUUCGACAGCUUCAGCUUCAGCUUCAGCAGCAGCUACAACUUCGAAUACGGCCCCAACAGGCUCGGACGCAGAUGCAUCACCAACGCAUAGCCACGGCCCCGAGCAGAGAAAGGCUUCCCAUUCUGCUCCUCAUGCGCUCACGGCGCGCUCGUGCGUCACUUGUCGCAGGAGAAAGGUCCGAUGCGACAAGCAAUUCCCAUGCUCGAAUUGCACCAGGGCCGGAUCGCAAUGCAUAUUUCCAGCGCCUGGUCGCGCCCCUCGUCGACCGAGGGCGGGCGGAAAGGCUACAAGUGAGAGGGAAGCAGAGCUAUUGAAGCGCCUGAGAAGACUAGAAGGUGUCGUCGAAGAUCUGAGCGGGCAGGUCGAGGUGGAGGCGAUCAAACACUCGCCCUCCAGCGACAACUCAUCGAUACAGCGUGAAGGGGGGUCGUCGACUACCGACCCAACUUCUAAGCAGACCAAGUUGAGGGUGGUGGGAGUCGACGCGGGCAGCGGGACAAAGAAGGAAUGGAUCCAUCGCGCCGUAAGGAUCGGGCAGGGGCCGCCCAAGACUGCUUUCAGCGCUGAUGAAGUCGAGAUGGGGGUUGGACGCCUGGUUUACGAUGAAGGGAAGAGUCGAUAUGUGUCCCAUCCCUUCUGGAGCCAAAUAACGGACGAGGUUGAGGAAAUCCGCGAGAUGCUCCAAGACCAGGGCUUCGACUCAGACUCGGAUACACCUAUUGCCCCAAGCAGUGCUGUAACCGAGUCGAGGCAUCAGAGUUUUAUCAUGGGAUACAAUAGCAGCGACGUUGAUCUUGCCCAGCUCCAUCCCCUCCCAUCCCAGAUACCGUUUUAUUGGCAGACGUUCCUCGACAAUGUCCACCCCUUGGUCAAAAUAUUACACGCGCCGACAAUGACCAAAACCAUAAAGGAGGUCCAGACUAAUCUGGACAGUUUGAGUAAAAGUACGGAGGCGUUAAUGUUUUCCAUUUAUUUCGCUACGAUUACAUCCAUGAAUGGACAAGAGGUACAAACAAACUUUGGCGUUUCGAAAGAUUUUCUGCUGAAGCAAUAUCGAUUCGGGGUAGAGCAGGCGCUGGCAAGAGCUGGCUUGCUCAACACCAGCGAAAUUGUCACCGUCCAAGCCUUUGUCCUGUUCUUGAUUUGUGUUCGACGACAUGACGAUACUAGAUUUGUAUGGACCCUAACUGGAUUGGCAAUACGAAUCGCCCAGUCCCUUGGUCUUCACCGUGACGGAGCAAAGUUUGGAUUGAAGCCAUUCGAUAUAGAGAUGAGGAGACGCCUAUGGUGGCAAGUUUUCAUUCUGGAUACGCGAGCCUCCGAAGAUCAUGGGGCGGACCCUGCUAUUCUUGAUUACACGUUCGAUACCGAGUAUCCUACGUCAUGUAACGACGAGGAUCUUGAUCCAAGUGCCACUGAGCUUCCAUCCCGUCGGCCCGGGGUUUCUGAGAUGACUUUCUGCCUUAUUCGAUAUGAAAUAUGUAGUCUAUCACGAAGGAUAUCAUAUAAUCAGCUCGGUGGGAUACCGUAUAGAGAUGGGCCGCGAUCGAUGACGCUCGAGGAGAAGGAGAAACUCGUCAGAGAAACAGCUAGUCAUCUCGAGGAAACAUAUCUCAAAUACUGCGAAGACGCAGGACCCCUUUAUUGGGUUGCAGCCACCGUAGCCCGGCUUAUCACCGCGAAGAUAUCGCUGAUUCUCUAUCACCCCCUCACGCAGCCUGGCAAGCCAAGCACCCUUUCCCAGGACACCCGUGAUCGCCUCCUAAUGGCUUCCAUCGAGAUUUUCGAGUACUCACGAGUACUGGAGGAAGAAUCUAGCACCAAGCAAUGGGGCUGGCUUUUCCAAACUUAUAUACAAUGGCAUGCCAUAGCCUUCAUUCUUGGGGAACUAUGUACCCGACCUCCUUCGGUCAUUGUUGAUCGUGCGUGGCGGGCCGUUGACAGUAUCUUCGGUACAUGGGAUGCCAGAUUAGUUCAAAGCAAGAGUGGAAUGCUGUGGAAGCCGUUAAAGACGCUUAUGGCAAAAGCCCGGCGAAAACGGGAAGAAAAUAUGGCCUGCACAACUGCCGUUGGCAGUAACUUGGAUCUCGGAAUCCCGAAAGACUACAUGCGGCCUCUACCGUUAACAUACCCUCAUCCUAUGCCGCCCAUCGACUCCCGAAAUUCCCCAGGUUCUCAAGCCGCGAGAAAUGCCACUCUUACAUCCAUGGAUACUCCCGUGUACCAGGAAGAUAGGGCGAUAAUGGAACCCCAAAUUGUGGGUAUGGGUAUGCUUGCUCCCGACCAGGUUCAACUACAAUUCCAGCAACAAGCCCAACAACCGGGGCAGCAGCCAAUGCCUUGGUUAAUGGGUGACAAUGUGCUGGGAGACCUGGAUAUGAAUGGCUUAGAAAGUGAUGUAAGUUGGGAAGGAUGGGAUGAUCUUGUUAGGGAUCUUCAGACGGAAACUGGAAACCAGCCCAUGGAUAUGCAGACAGGUCCUACUUUGGGUGGUAUGGGAACUUGGUGGUGA